GCACCUGUCAGCUGCAGCGGACUGGAGACCCAGGAGGCGGCCCUUUCACCAACCAGGGGUCCGACUGUCGGGGACGGAGCGCCGCGUGGGAAGCCCCGGGCCGCCCCCAACUGGCCGGGCGCAAUGCGCCCUCUCCGCCAGCGCAGAAAAAGUCGGGCCCCGCGCGUCGGGCGACGAGUACGGCGCCUGCCAAGGGCUAAAAAGCUCCUGGCCCAGGGGGCGGGGCCCAGCUGAGGGGCGGGGCCGGCCGGCAGGGCUCGGAGUGUGCUCCCUGGCCGCGUGCAAGGCGGUGCGCGUGUCUCCCAGGUGCAGCCUGCGGCCCCAUCCGCGCUGCUCGCACCCCCGGUUGCCCGGCCGGCAUUUGGACUACACAGCUCUUGCCCAAGGCUGGAGACUUAGUGAGCAGUAUUUGCCCUCUCUUCUGGUACAACUAGCUUUGAUGGCUGGGAAUAAGGGAAGAGGACGUGCUGCCUAUACCUUUAAUAUUGAGGCUGUUGGCUUCAGCAAAGGUGAAAAGUUGCCUGAUGUAGCGUUGAAGCCACCGCCACUGUUUCCUGAUACAGAUUAUAAGCCAGUGCCACUGAAAACAGGAGAAAGUGAAGAUUACAUGCUGGCCUUGAAGCAGGAAUUGAGAGAAACAAUGAAAAGAAAGCCUUAUUUUAUUGAAAAACCUGAAGAAAAGCCAGAUAUUGAAAGGUAUAGUAAAAAAUACAUGCAGACAUACAAAGAAGAAUGGAUACCAGAUUGGAGAAGACUCCCAAGAGAGAUGAUGCCUCGGAAAAAAUGCAGGAAAGCAGACCUAAAAUCCAAAAACGCAAAAGGUACAGACAAAGUCUCUUCACUCAUUGAUACUGCAGAUGUGCUGAAAAAAAUUGAGGAAUUGGAAAAGAGAGGUGAUGGUGAAAAAUCUGAUGAGGAAUACGAAGAGAAAGAAGGAAGCAAAGAGAAAAGAAAAGAAGGUGAUGACAACGAGGAUGACAACGAUGAUGCACAACAGGAAGACUACGAGGAUGAAGAAGAGCUAGAAGAGGAAAAUGACUACAUUAAUUUAUACUUUGAAGACGAGGAUGAUUUUGGUGCUGACAGUGAUGACAACAUGGAUGAAGCCACCUAUUAGCCAUGAAAUUUCUUUUAAAAAUGUUUAUAAUUCACCUUCUGAGUAUUUGGACAAACUUGAUUUGUUUCGUUUCUGAUAAGGAAUGAGUACCUAGUUUAUUUUUUGUCCCUGUUUUGCUGAACAAAUACUUGUUACCAAAAUAUGUAAACUGCUCUGAGUUUACACACUAGUACCUUGUAAAGUAAUCUCUGAAACUCUGACAUUCCUCUUAAAUACCUCUGCCAUCCCUCUUAUGUCUGCUCGUGGAUUUUUGAAAACAUUGGAUGUGAAUGUGCCUAAAGAGCUUUUGCAUCUCUUAAUCUAUGUAUCCAUACUUGAACAAAUCAUUUUUCUUUAACUGCUGAUCUUUUCUAAAGAUUAUUAUGAGUCCUAAUGGCUUCCUAUAAUGUAAAAGUUGACAAUACAGCACAUGGAGCACUUUAAAAACAAACUUGAGAAUUGUUUUUUACCCUUACGUGGAAUGCACUGUACCACUACAUUAUGACUACAGAUACUUACCUGAGCUCUCACAGAUGCAAACUUAAAGUUUUGUGAUUAAAACAUACACAUGGGGAAAGAUGUCCAUACGAUCUGUAAGUUCACAGUCCACUCCUCAGUAUGAAGAGGUUUUCAUGUUGGAUGAAUAGAAUACUUGGAUUUUGGGCUACUUCAGUCCAUACCACUAUAUGUGAUCUCACUGUAAUAAGUUUGACAUCUUCAAAUAGUUGAGUUUAUGAAAAGUUAGACUGAGACAUCCUGUUUAAUUUUGUACUUUAUGUCAGUGUGGAGUAGGUUCCACUUAUAUCAGCUUCACAGAAGCACCUAAGUGUGAGCUGGGGGGGAAGCCUCUGUACUGCUGCUUAUAUAAUAAUGCAGAAUGAACUCAGGUCAUUUUGGAAUUAAGAUUAAUCCUAUUUUAAUUUAAAAGCUAGCUCCCCUUUGAUUUUAUAUUUUGGGGAGAAAAUACCUAGAAACCUCAGCCUCCACAGAACUAAAAAUGCCAAAUAUUUUCAAAAAAAUUCAUAUUAUAUAUUUCAAAAACAACUUAGUAGUAUCACACACCAAAAUAAAUAUAUUUUUCUCUUUGGGAAGCUAUCACCCAUUUGCCUGAGCACCAGAGCCCUAAAUUCUAUUUCUAUCUAGAAUAUUAAAUUCAGCCUUGAACCUGAACAUGGUUAAGUUUCUGUGCCUUAGUUUCUCCACUUCUAAAGAGUUUCCCAUAAAAGUUUUUUACACACUAACCAGAAUUUUAACUUAUGUAUACAUUCUCUUUGCUUAUAAAAAUAAUCAGGUCUUAAAUUUGAUUCUUACCUUCUAAUCAGCCAUAGCUGUAACUGAAAACACAGUUUUAAGAAACAUGUUUUCCUCAUAAAAUAUAUUAUUGUAAUCAGAUUUUCCUAAUUGUUAUUUGUAGGGAAAACUGGAGAAAUUUUGUGUUGUCUUGUGUGACUUUGCACAAUGACUGUUUCAGGAAAAAGAUCUUUCAAUGGCAACACUUCCACGAAUAAUCCAAGAUGGGUUAGAAGCCCAUCUUAUUAGUUCAGUGCUAUAUUCAUUAUAUAUAACUUAAUGUUUAAAGGGGCUUAUCACACUUUAAGAUUCUAAUUUGAAAGUCUUCAAGCUGCAAUCUCCUAAGAAUGGAAACCUCACAUGAAGUUUUCUGUAGUAGUGGCAGAGCUGUCAUUUGGGAAUGAUAAUCAACAUAGUUGUUUUACUCUUCCACUCCUUUGGUAUCACAGCCAAAUACUACUGUUUAGUUCAUAGGAAUCUUAUCUCUACACUGUUUUCUUGCUUUCUUACAAGUCUGCUGAUAACCUCUUGACUCAGGCAGAUGCACUGAAGGUAGGUCACUUUUCCUAGAUUUCAGCCCAUCCUCACUGGGCUAGUCCUGCAGGUGGUAGGGCAGUCCCUCUGGGCAUGGGUUUGCCCUAGGAGGCCCUGCUAGGUAUAUUCUUCCCCCUUUGGAAGAUCUUUUUAUAAUUUUAAAGGAUGAGGACAGAAUCUGCAAGUUGUUUUACCAGGAUAAACCUUAUUUUUCUGGUUUAAGAUCUGAGACUGUGAAGUUACUCCAUAGGAAGGUAAACAAUAUUUUGCAGCAAUAGCUUCUUUAUAUAUGUAGAAAACUACUUACUGGUGAAGCAUCUUUAAAAUUGUUAUAACCAAACUGGUCACUAUAAUGCUUUUUCUUUUGUAUUUGUUUACACAUUAAAUUCUUUCAAAGUAAAAUUGUGUCAUUUUAUUUACUAU